UUUUUUUUUUGCUUUUCUUAAGCAGAUAGGAGAUGUUGGAUGAAUAAAUGAUGUAUCUGGAGCAUUCUAUUUUCUGCUCUUCCAAAACGCUCCUAGGUUAUGAUUUAUUAAUUUAAUUUUUCUAAAUUCUCAUUGAGUAGAGCUUAGGCUAUAUUUCAUAGGCUAAGUAUGCCACACUUUAGUCGUUUAUAGCUUUUAGUGAGUUUAAUUUCCUUUUUGAUAAAAGAACGAGCAGAGCAGAGGGAUUUUAAAUCUAAGCAGCAAGUUGUGGCUGUUUCUGUCCUAAUUAGUUCUAUCAUUUUUAGUGUAAUGAAUACAUUUGUGACCAAAACGUUAUAGUCAAGCUUUGCAGAGACUUUUACCAGUACACAGUAGAAUGCAUUUUCAGGGUAGAGAAGAAUGUAUACAUGCAAAUACAUAUAAUAGGGCAAGUCUAUUAAUUUUAUAUGCACAUAUAUGAAUUAUAUAUUAUAUGUAUAAAUAUUUAAUAUUAAUUUAUUGUUUAUGUGUGUUUGAAGUGAGCACAUAGGCCAUGGCAUGCCUAUGGAGGUUGAUGGACCCUGGUGGGAGUCAGUUCUGUUCUCUCACUGUGGGUUCUAGGGAAUCAUAUGCAGGUCAUCCAUCGAGCUCAGCAACAAACAUUUUCACCCCUGAAGCCAUCUCUCUGCCCAAGUCCAUUAAUUAUCUUGUUAAUUUGCUUCUUCAUCAUCCUUUGCUUUGUAUUUUUUCAUUCAAAUUUAAGAAUGUGUAUGAAAAUUUUGAGCAAUUUUUUUCUUUAUUCUCCCUAAAACUCACCUGUAUCUUUGUCAUUUUGCAGUGUUGCAUUAUUUGGUACAUGAGAGUUGAAAAGCGUCAUAAUUCUUAUGCAAUGAUCUUUUGAGUUUAGUGGGGACUUUAUUCUGCUCAUAUUUAACUCAUUUGUCUUUUUACAUUGGGACUGUUUUGUUUUGUUUUGUUUUUGUUUUGUUUGUUUGUUUGUUUGGUUGGUUGGUUGGGUUUCUUUGUUUGCUUGUUUUUGUUUAUUUUUGCUUUUUUUUCUCUGCAUGUUUUCCCAUCAUGAUGUGCCAUGAAAGUGUAUGUAGAAUUGUAGGCAGGUAGAUAAGCAAUGAUUUCAUGAAACUGCUAGUCUUGUAGAGUCACAGUCUGUUAAGAGUCAAGGAGUUAUAGGAGGUAGAAAGAGAACUUUAAGGGUAAAGUUACCAAGCUUGACAAUCCAAGCUCAGUUUCCAGAGCUAACAUGGUGGAAAGAACCAACUUCACAGUCUUGACCUCUGCCAGCCACAUGUGCUCCAUGCACAGGCACAAACUCAUGCACGAGGUAGAAGUAAAUAAAGGAGUUUAAGUCCAGCACAGUAAUUUGGGUGGAACGCAUUGAAACACAACAGAUGUAAUAGUCAUACUCAUUAAGGUCAGUCAAAAUAUAGAGACUUGAGUUGGAAAAUGUUGACUGAGGACAAUAAAAGUCAGGUCAGCCUCACCAAGGCAAUGGAGGGAAUCUUUCACCUUCUUGUCUGGCAAACUUCCGGUAAGCUGGCAGUAGCACAGCUGUUCCGUUCUCCUAAUUUGCUGGUAAAGCACUUUGUGAAAAGUUCUAUUUUCUGUUGGGAAAGUGUGAAUAGCAGCAUUGCACUGCUCAGUAGCUAAACUGCCUUGUAGCUGGGGCUUUGUUUGCCAGAAUUUUAUCUUCGUAUUCUUCUUGUGUUUGAUGUACAGCCACGGGCGGUGUCUUAUUCUCAUCUUGCUUUUGCAUACGAUUUCAAAUCGAUAAAAAGCAAAUACAUAAAAGGUGAAAUAUAUACAGUCACCUGGCAGAAAACGAACAUGGCUGGGAACCAUGAAAGCAAGUAAGUUCUGUCUCCAUUGUUAAGAGUUUCUUGUCCUCUCGGUCCCAUAUUGAACUCGAGUUGGAAGAGGCGAGUCCGGUCUCAAAAUGGAGGGCCACGAUCCAAAGGAACCAGAGCAGCUGAGGAAGCUGUUUAUUGGUGGUCUGAGCUUUGAAACCACAGAUGAUAGCUUAAGAGAACAUUUUGAGAAAUGGGGCACACUUACAGAUUGUGUGGUAAUGAGAGAUCCUCAAACAAAACGUUCGAGAGGCUUUGGUUUUGUGACCUACUCUUGUGUCGAAGAGGUGGAUGCUGCAAUGUGUGCUCGGCCACACAAGGUUGAUGGACGUGUGGUGGAACCAAAGAGAGCUGUUUCUAGAGAGGAUUCUGUAAAGCCUGGUGCCCAUUUAACGGUGAAGAAGAUUUUUGUUGGUGGUAUUAAAGAGGAUACAGAAGAAUAUAAUCUGAGAGACUACUUUGAAAAGUAUGGCAAGAUUGAAACCAUAGAAGUUAUGGAAGAUAGGCAGAGUGGGAAAAAGAGAGGAUUUGCUUUUGUAACUUUUGAUGAUCAUGACACAGUUGAUAAAAUUGUUGUUCAGAAAUACCACACUAUUAAUGGGCAUAAUUGUGAAGUGAAAAAGGCCCUUUCUAAACAAGAGAUGCAGUCUGCUGGAUCACAGAGAGGUCGUGGAGGUGGAUCUGGCAACUUUAUGGGACGUGGAGGAAACUUUGGUGGUGGCGGAGGAAACUUUGGGCGUGGAGGAAACUUUGGUGGAAGAGGAGGCUAUGGUGGUGGAGGUGGUGGCAGCAGAGGCAGUUAUGGAGGUGGUGAUGGUGGAUAUAAUGGAUUUGGAGGUGAUGGUGGCAACUAUGGUGGUGGUCCUGGUUACAGUAGUAGAGGAGGUUAUGGAGGUGGUGGACCAGGAUAUGGAAACCAAGGUGGUGGAUAUGGUGGUGGAGGAGGAGGAUAUGAUGGUUACAAUGAAGGAGGAAAUUUUGGUGGAGGUAACUAUGGUGGUGGUGGGAACUAUAAUGACUUUGGAAAUUAUAGUGGACAGCAACAAUCUAAUUAUGGACCCAUGAAGGGGGGCAGUUUUGGUGGAAGAAGCUCAGGCAGUCCCUAUGGUGGUGGCUAUGGAUCUGGAGGUGGAAGUGGUGGAUAUGGUAGCAGAAGGUUUUAAAAUAAAACAAACGGCUACAGUUCUUAGCAGGAGAGAGAGCGAGGAGUUGUCAGGAAAGCUGCAGGUUACUUUGAGACAGUCGUCCUAAAUGCAUUAGAGGAACUGUAAAAAUCUGCCACAGAAGGAACGAUGAUCCAUAGUCAGAAAAGUUACUGCAGCUUAAACAGGAAGCCCUUCUUGUUCAGGACUGUCAUAGCCACAGUUUGCAAAAGUGCAGCUAUCGAUUAAUGCAAUGUAGUGUCAAUUAGAUGUACAUUCCUGAGGUCUUUUAUCUGUUGUAGCUUUGUCUUUUUCUUUUUCUUUUCAUUACAUCAGGUAUAUUGCCCUGUAAAUUGUGGUAGUGGUACCAGGAAUAAAAAAUUAAGGAAUUUAAAAAAAAAAAAAA